GAUGGGCGCAGUUUGCCAGAUAGCUGGCCGCCUGGUAAAGAUACGAUGCCCUUGAGUAAAUAUGCCGGUUUUGUAUGCCAGCGUUACCCUUUUGCUUGGCCAUCUUCUCCCCCAGGGUGGUUGAACGUAUAACAAUAAUCUCCUUUCUUUUAACAAGUAUGAAAUAAUAUUGGCAUCUCAUGCCAUGCCAACGGUUGCACAGCACAAAAGAAGAUGUUAACAGAUACUCACAAAGCAAAAACGUCAAGCUUCUCGAACUUUACUCCAAGUCAUACAGUGUAUUUCUCAACGUGCUCGGACAAUUCACACUCAUUUUAGCUUUUUGCUUUGCCUUUACCCAGAUCACGUGCGUGCACUUGUUUUGCGUGCACGGACCACCGCUUACUCAGAUCGCGCCUCACGCCUCGCCUCUUCCCCUUCCGCCCUCUUUUUUGACAGCAGCCUCAUCUUUCCCUCGUUCACACCCACCCAUCGGAACGAGUUUCUUCGGUACCUGUGGCACUGCAACCCCAAUCUCCAUUGUCUGUGUCUUUUCUUUCAUCCCGGAAUAUCUCUUUGCCUGAUACUCUGGGCUUUGUCUACCUGUCUGGUCUUCUCUUGACUUUCUUUUUUUUUUCUUCCUUCUUCGCCGCAUCAUCGCCUGCCUCUGACGCGCCCAACUCGUCAGUGCCUCUCGCAGAACAAACAGCCUCAUCCUCUACACCACGACAAUCAAUUUCCAACAUGUCUCACGAGGAGGAUCUCAUUGACUACUCCGAUGAGGAGAUUGGCGCCGCCAACGACACCGCCGCCGCUACCGCUUCCAACGGAAAGAAGGGAGAGGCAGCCGCCAGCGGCGCCGUCGACAAGAAGGGCAGCUACGUCGGCAUUCACUCCACUGGAUUCCGCGAUUUCCUGCUGAAGCCCGAGCUUCUGCGUGCCAUUGGAGAUUGCGGUUUCGAACAUCCUUCGGAGGUCCAACAAACAUGUAUCCCCCAGGCCCUCCUUGGUGGAGACAUUAUCUGCCAGGCCAAGUCUGGUCUGGGAAAGACUGCAGUCUUUGUCCUAGCCACGCUUCAGCAAGUCGAGCCCGUUAAUGGCGAGGUCUCGGUGGUUGUCAUGUGCCACACUCGUGAGCUGGCCUACCAGAUCCGAGAUGAAUACAACCGAUUCAGCAAGUACAUGCCUGACAUCAAGACCGGCGUCUUCUACGGUGGUACCCCCAUCAAGAACGACGUCGAGACUCUCAAGGGCAAGGACACUUGCCCUCACAUCAUCGUCGGCACCCCCGGUCGUCUCAAGGCUCUCGUCCGCGACAAGGCUCUCCGCCUCGGCAGCGUUCGCAUCUUUGUCCUUGAUGAGUGUGACAAGAUGCUCGACCAGCCCGAUAUGCGUACCGACGUGCAGGAUGUCUUCCGUGCUACCCCCCAGCAGAAGCAGGUUAUGAUGUUCUCCGCCACGCUUGCCGAAAACAUCAAGCCCAUCUGCCGCAAAUUCAUGCAGAAUCCCACUGAGCACUACGUCGACGAAGACACCAAGCUCACUCUCCACGGUCUCCAGCAGUACUACAUCAAGCUGGAGGAGCGCGAGAAGAACAGAAAGCUGAACGAGCUUCUCGACGACCUCCAGUUCAACCAGGUCAUCAUCUUCGUCAAGAGCACUGUCCGCGCUACCGAGCUGGACAAGCUUCUCCGCGAGUGCAACUUCCCUUCCAUCGCUGUCCACUCUGGAGUCAGCCAGGAGGAGCGUAUCCGCCGCUACAAGGAGUUCAAGGAGUUUAAGAAGCGCAUCUGCGUUGCCACCGACGUCUUUGGACGUGGUAUCGACAUUGAGCGAAUCAACUUGGCCAUCAACUACGACUUGCCCGGCGAUGCCAGCUCCUACCUCCACCGUGUGGGACGUGCCGGUCGAUUCGGUACCAAGGGUCUUGCCAUUUCCUUUGUGAGCACCGAGGGUGACCAGGAGGUUCUCAAGGAGAUCGAGAAGCGAUUCGAAGUCGCUCUUCCCGAAUUCCCCAAGGAGGGUGUCGAUGCCAGCACCUACAUGGCGUCUUAGACAACCAAAACAGCAGCUUCACGAAUUCACUCGGACGCUUCCUGUACUAUUUUGUUUGUGCGCGUUUUAAGGUCAAGGGUUGAUACGAGCAAAGGCGGCGAGAGCCUAUUCUCAGCCUGAGCCAUCGGAAUCAGAAAAUUUGGGAGAAUAAUCGAAACUCGUUUAUACUGUUACGUAGCUUAUUUUAUCAGGAGCCAAAGGAAAUGGUAGGCUGAAACGCCGUGGUUUACUAGGUCAAUUAAAUGGAUUUGCGCUUGAAAACAAGGAAUGUUU